UGCGCCCUCACAACUCAACUGACAGCGCGGAGCACGGACGGGUUAUAAACCGAGUUUAGUUAUAUAUUUUACCUGAUAAACGAGUUGAAAGCAAAUGUAAACCGCAGACGGUAUAUCGGAUGUCAUUACAUUAUUUUUCGUACUCUGUAUCGAUAAAAUUGCCCUUUUGCAUCAUUGAUGCUCUCAAAUGUUCAUGAUGACUCGUAUGUUUUAGACAUGCUGGUUUCUGGUUUCAAAAUAAUCAAAUAGCACUGGAGACAAAAUAAGCGGAGAAUAUAACAUCAAUAAUCCGCUCUACUUCUACACCCGCGACCAGCGUUGAAAACAGACAUGCGAUGUGCGAAGGCGCUGCAGCUCACCCUUGCGGUCAUUAAACCAGAUGCUGUGGCUCACCCUCUCAUUUUGGAGACACUUCAUCAGAAGAUUCUAGAAAACUUCUUUAUUAUCAGAAAGAAUGAUCUGGUGUGGAGAAGAGAAGAUUCAGAAAACUUUUAUGCUGAACAUGCAGGGUGUUAUUUCUAUCAAAGACUGGUUGAAUUCAUGUCAAGUGGCCCAAUGAGAGCUUACAUCCUGGCCAGGGAAGAUGCUAUCACCUACUGGAGAGGGAUGAUGGGCCCCACAAAAGUGUUUAGAGCACAUUUCACUUCACCAAACACCCUCCGUGGCCAGUAUGGGCUCACUGAUACCAGAAACACCACCCAUGGUUCAGAUUCCAUUGAGUCAGCCAAGAAAGAGAUUGCCUUUUUCUUCCCAGAAUUCGCUGCUGAUGAGUGGAUGGAGAGGGAGGAGCCAGUUUUUAGGUUAGGACUUAUUGAAUAUAAUGAGCAGAGCAAAGUUCAUACUCUACAAGAAACAAGAUGAACAAACCUGCAGUGAUUUAUGGGCUAGUGGAUCUUUAGAUAUCAAUGUUACAUUAACAUGCCUCACAAUUUUACCAGUUUUCUGCAUGUUAAUUAUUUGGGUUUGUUACUCCCUUGUGAGAGCAUACACUAUCAAACAUCAACACUGCCCCUCUGCCAAUAAAUACAAUUAUAUUUAUUAGUAUGCCUUUCAUUUGUCUGUAUUAUAAAUAUGCUCUAGCUUUGCAUGAGAGGUUAAUACAUGUUUUUUCUCUACAUAAUUCAGACACAUUCUUUUGCAUUUUAUUUCAGUUCAUGCAAUGUCCCUGUCAUGACAUACUGUCCAUACAUAAAAACAGAAUAGGUUGGCUAUAAUCACACAAACCACUUUACAUGGUGAUGAGUGUCUCAGUCAUAAUUUGGGAAUUUAGAACAAUAAAAUUAAAAAUAAAAAUGGAUUAACUAUUAAUAUUAUACAUUCAAUUAACAAAUGUGGCAAUAAAAGUAUCAUCGCAAUCAAAGCAACAGGUUUUGUGUAACAUGGGAAAAGGUAACACUUUACAAAAAGGUUCCAUUUGUUAACAUGUAGUUAACAUGAAAUAACAACAAACAAUACUUUUACAGCAUUUAUUAAUCUUGGUUAAUAGUUUCAACCUAUACUAAUACAUUUUUUAAAUCAACA